AAAUCAUAGUUACAUUAGAGUUCCUAUCUAUUGACCUACAAAUAAUAUGGCACGAACCAAGCAAACUGCUCGCAAAUCUACUGGUGGAAAAGCGCCGAGAAAGCAACUAGCAACUAAAGCAGCACGUAAAAGUGCUCCGUCUACUGGAGGAGUAAAGAAGCCACACAGAUACAGACCUGGAACAGUAGCUCUUCGUGAAAUUCGUCGUUACCAAAAAUCUACCGAACUUCUCAUCCGAAAACUUCCAUUCCAAAGAUUGGUCCGAGAGAUCGCACAAGAUUUCAAAACGGAUUUGAGGUUUCAAAGUGCAGCCAUAGGAGCUCUUCAAGAAGCAAGUGAAGCUUAUCUGGUCGGAUUAUUUGAAGACACAAAUCUCUGCGCUAUUCAUGCUAAAAGAGUGACCAUCAUGCCGAAAGACAUUCAGUUAGCCAGAAGAAUCCGCGGAGAAAGAGCAUGAUUUUUGAAUAUUUGUGAUAUUUAUUUUCUCUUCAUAUUAUAGUGGGGUUAAUAUUAAAGCUUAUUUUGCAUGAUAUGUAAAUGUAAUUAACCUAUUUAUCCAGUGUCCGUUAUUUUUUUUACUUCUCGUGACCAACUGCAUUUAGUUCGUGCUCUUACUAAUAAAACCCAAUAACGAUAA